UCCUGUCAGUCAGCUGUCGCUUCCGGAUGCGGUGAAACGGACAGAAGAGAAAGAAGAAGGAAAACACCGCACGUACAUUCAUGGAUUAAUCCAACUGACCAGGCGACACAUCACUAUAAAUGACAGAGGAGACACCAGCAACCGGUCACAAUGGAUCCACGGAGACUAAUAACCAUCUAUAAGACUGAAUAGCGGUGUUUAUCGGUGUUUAACGUCGGAGGAUCGGUGCUUUUACCGUGUUUAUGUGUCCUGCUAGCUUAAGCCAACGUAGCGUUAGCUGGUCAACGUUAACGGCUCCUCUCUCCGGUCAAACAGCACCGUGUCGUUAUUAUUGAUAUAUAACUCGUCUCUACAGGUGAUAACAGAGCUUGACAGCGUGUUUUAUUGUCAGUGAAAGGCGUUUUAAGUAGUUGUUUUUGGUCACAUUAGAAACUGCUCUUUAAAAAGAAGGACAGAAGUUUUCUUAAAAUAUCCAGAGCUCAACGUUUAGAUGGCAAAAUGGAUGUGAUCUGGACUUCAGUCUCCUCUCAGACAACACAGCAGAUAGUUAGUAAAUAACACUUCCUGUUGGUGUCAGCUGUUAGGCUCCACUACGUUUUCCUCCUCCUUCUUCUGCUGACAGGACAACUUUACAAACAAGUGUCCUGUGUUUGAAGUGGAGCAACUCUUCCUUGUUUCUGUUUUUGUUUUUUGUUGAGGCACAACUUCUUCUUUUUUUAACUUAGACUAUAAUAAGCUCUUCAGAUCAACAGGAUGAAUGGCCUGUCUCUCAGCGAGCUCUGCUGCCUCUUCUGCUGCCCGCCCUGCCCCAGCCGCAUCGCAGCCAAGCUCGCCUUCCUGCCCCCUGAGCCCACGUACGCCUUCCUCCCAGACCCAGAGACCGGCCCCGCUGCAGCGGGGGCAACGGGGACGGCCAGCCUGCGGGCGCGGAGCGGCGCAACGGUUGCUGGAAGCGGAGGGGCCGGGACUGUGGAGGGGAGAUGGAAGCUCCACAUGACGGAGCGAGCGGAGUUUCAGUACUCGCAGAGAGAGCUGGACACGAUAGAGGUGUUCCUCACACGAUCCAGCCGAGGGAACCGAGUCGGCUGCAUGUACAUCCGCUGUGUUCCUAAUGCCAGAUUUACAGUGCUCUUCUCCCACGGCAACGCAGUCGACCUUGGCCAGAUGAGCAGUUUCUACAUCGGCCUCGGCACUCGCAUCAACUGCAACAUCUUCUCCUACGACUACUCAGGCUACGGCGCCAGCACCGGCAAGCCCUCUGAGAAGAACCUCUACGCAGACAUAGAUGCCGCCUGGCACGCCCUGCGCACGCGGUAUGGCAUCAGCCCAGAGAAUAUUAUCCUGUACGGACAGAGCAUUGGUACAGUACCCACUGUGGACCUGGCGUCACGGUACGAGUGUGCUGCCGUGGUUCUUCACUCGCCUCUGACGUCUGGCAUGAGAGUGGCCUUUCCCGACACGAAGAAAACGUAUUGCUUCGACGCGUUCCCCAACAUCGAGAAAGUGUCCAAAAUCACGUCCCCGGUGCUCAUCAUCCACGGGACGGAGGACGAGGUCAUCGACUUCUCCCACGGCCUGGCUCUGUUCGAGCGCUGCCCCAAGGCCGUUGAGCCUCUCUGGGUGGAGGGAGCGGGACACAACGACAUUGAAUUGUACAGCCAGUAUCUGGAGCGCCUGCGCCGCUUCAUAGGACAGGAGUUGGCGGUACAGCAGGCCUGAAAAAUCAUCAUCAUCAUCAUCAUCAUCAUCAUCAUCAUCAUCAUCAUCAUCAUCAACGUCAUUCAUUACCAUGUUUCUGUGUCCGAGACGGAGGCAUGUCAUCUAAACUGCCCCUCAGAUCACCAGGGGUGUUUCGCUUCACGUACUGUAGUGCACCUUUUAAUGGAGCGUGGAUUGAUGGAGAAAAAAAAGAAGUGUGUU